AUGGCUCUCCCCAACCAGCUUUACGUUGACCACGCGUACGAAGAGUACCUCUGUCGCCCCUGUGAUCGACGAUUCUCAACCUUGAAUGGUGCGCUCAACCACUGUCAAAAUGCCGCGGUACAUCGUGGAGAAUGGUGCACACGCUGCGAACGGCUCUUCGUCUCGCCUGCUGCGCGCAACGCUCACGUUGCCAAUUCUUCCCGGCAUCACAUUUGUGACCGCUGCGACUUAGACUUUCCAACUUUCAGGCAACAUCGAGGUCACGAUAUCAGUGUCCACCACCUGUGUACCGAAUGCGGUCAAGAAUUUUCCAACGACAACAAUCUUCAACAGUUUUCACUCCUCCUCACGUAUACCACCGUGCGGUCAAAUCCUCUCCGUCAAGGUCCAGCUCUUACUGACCGUGUCUUCCUAGAGCUCCCUCGAAGUAUUCGGCGAAGUCUCGAUCUCGACAAACCCCAUGCCAGAACACUACAUUGCUCACCCCGCUCAGCUGCCGCAGCAGCCUCGUCUACUUCCGCAAUCCCUCAUAUUUCGCUACACAUUGCCGCCUCUUCCAGCGGCAAGGGACGGAAAUAUCACCCGGAACUGAGUACAUUCGAUUACUAUCCAAGCAACACUGAUGGAUUGGGCCUCCAACAUGGUUCGACAAUUGAGGAGAAAAGGUCUCACCGUCCUGACAGUGGACAAGAUGCAUAUUUUGUGGCCCGAGUCGGGCAAGAUUCGGACAUAACAGCUUUCGCUAUAGCGGACGGUGUGGGCGGUUGGACCGAGCAUGGCGUCGAUCCUGCUGACUUCUCCCACGGCCUUUGCAGCUACAUGGCCGAAACAGCGCUUUCAUGGUCCCGAGAUGAACGGCUCGGCCCUAAACAACUUCUUGAGAUGGGAUAUGAGAAAAUAAUCAGCGACCCUGCAAUCCGAGCAGGGGGCACAACGGCCUGUGUUGCAGUGACGCAAGCAGAUGGGCGAAUGCGCGUUGCCAAUCUGGGAGAUUCCGGCUUCCUCCAGCUCCGACUGGGAACGGUGCACCACUACUCGAACCCACAGACCCAUGCAUUCAACACUCCAUAUCAAAUGAGUCUAACUCCGCCUGAGAUCCUCGCUCAGGCAAUGGUCUUUGGAGGGAUGCCCCUAAAUGACAAACCCGACCGAGCCGACUUAGCUGAUCACAUGCUGCGGCACGGCGACGUGUUGGUUCUGGCAACAGACGGUGUCUGGGACAACCUCAAUUCCCAGGACGUCCUGUCCAUCGUCUCAAAGCGCAUGCGCAUGACGGGCGCGUGGUUAAGGUCUCCCGACCAAGGAUAUACCAUCUCUCCCGUCCUCUCCGAACUGGUGGACAAAUCAAUUGGCCUACAGAAACAUAAGAUGCCCGGGACGUUGCAAAGUGUCCUGGCAGCGGCGAUUGUUGGGGAGGCCAAAACCGCCAGUCUCAGUGCGAAGCGAGACAGCCCAUUCGCUAAAGAGAUGCAGAAGCAGUUCCCUUUCGACCCGUGGCACGGUGGAAAGGUAGACGAUAUUGCAGUCUUAGUGGUGAUUCCAGUUAAUAAAGGGAGUACGGAAAAAGAGGGCGAUGGUGACAGGAUCAAGGCCAAGUUAUGA